GGGUGGGGCAUCCUUGGAAGACAAGGAUGUCAACAUGGAAAGGGAUCUCGCCAUGGUCAUAACCAAUUCACAUCCUUCGCCAUGAACCACAUCCCACCGUUUGCAAUGCUUUCCCUUCUCGAUGACAACAUCCUUCGAUUCAGCAACUUUCCCCCUGAAGCUGUGGACUGGGUGAUUGAGGCGGCCACUGUUGGUUGGCCACGUCUUACCGCGACGCGGCAGGACCAGAAGACUAUCGUCUUCCAUGCAAAUGUGUGGAGUCCAUCGGGCGCUGCUGAAACGAUCUAUUCCCGUCGCAUGAUGCUUCAUAUUCUCCGAUGCCUUCAAUCCCACGGUUACUAUCUCUUCCAAGGUAUCGACAUCACCGGGGAUAGUGUCGGCAAGGACGUGCUUCUCUUUGAACAACGCGAGCCCACAACGACGCGAAUGAUGGCGAUCUCUGUGAACGCAAACUGCCUCCUCCGCUUGAUCGGCGCCCCGGACGAGGUUGUUGCCAUCACGAAGGCGUGCCUUGACUACCAUUUCACCCCCAAGGGUGUGUUGUUGAGCCCCAAGGUUGUCCAAGGUACCACGGAAUUCCAACUGGAUGGAUGUCCAUGGGAAAGCGACCACUCGAGCCGAAGCACCCACGGCCGCCUGAUGAUCGCGCACUUGUUUGCACAGUUGAGCGCGUGCGGCUGGCGUCUCUACGGCUCCAUCAAGCAAACGGGGAACCAAACCGGCAGUGACUACACAAGGCGCAACCCCACAAAAGACACAUUCUACUUUACAAAUGUUGCUGACGCUCUCUUUGCGGCACCUCUGUCGACGGCGAGUCCGUGAAGCGGACGAAUGCAAAUUAGUGUAUAUCUUCCGGAUAAAUUCAAACAAGUGUCCGGUUAGUUGCCGCC